UGUCCUGAUAAUGUAUAAGAAAGAAACACAUGACUGCGGUCCUUGUGAGUUCCAAUGAAAAUAUCCAAUAGCUUCAUCCUAUUGUUAACUCAUGACUCAGCUUAGAACUUUUCUUCACUCGUAAUUUUCAUUGCGACUGACCAACGAGGUCAAUUUUGCCAGCCCAGCAACAUUUACAAGUUUGCCAAUUGCGUAACGAAAAUGCUGAUCUUCGUACUUUACCAUUCUAAUUAGAUCCCACUGAUUUUUAGUUAAUUGGGCACUAACAGCGGUUUUGUGCUGGACUGCUAUGGAGAAGACUGCUGAAUCCCCAUACAAGCUUCUUGUGUCGUGCGCAUAUGGUCUCUCACCAUCACAGUUGUCUGUGAUUUUUGAUGAAUCGUAUGAUAGGAUUCCCCACCCAGAUCUUGACCUGGAGAAGUCCAUUUCUGAGAUUUGGGAUUCGAGGGUUCAGCAGAAUGGAUCACUGUUCAAUGGAAAAAAGUUCAGGUACGGCGGGCAUGUAAUGCAUGGUGAAGGUGGAUCCAACCAACAAUCUCAUGUCUGCCUCCACCUUGGGUUGACCGACUAUAGGACUUUUGUCGGUACAAAUUUAAAUCCUUUGUGGGACAAGUUCCUUGUUCCAUCUGAAGUUGAUGCUAUACAGUGUCAGCACACUGCAAGUCCACUGGGUAAUGGUGCAGUAGUAGAGACAUCUGACAAGAAAAUACUUGUGUUGCAAAGAAGUUAUAAUGUUGGGGAAUUUCCUGGACACUUUGUUUUCCCAGGAGGACAUCCAGAGCCCCAAGAUGUCGGAAUAGAAUCUCAUCAGUGCGGAAACGACUCAAAAGAUUCAGAGCUUAUUAACAAGAAAGUUUCUCAAGAGAUGUUUGACAGUAUUAUUCGGGAAGUAGUUGAAGAAAUUGGAGUACCAGCAGUAUCUCUUUGCGAUCCACUUUUCAUUGGUGUUUCCCGCAGGCUGUUGAAUGUUAGACCAGCUGCUUUUUUUUUCAUAAAAUGCAGUCUUGAGUCAAAAGAAAUUCAACAAUUGUACUCUAAUGCCCAAGAUGGUUUUGAGUCUACCCAAUUGUAUACGGUUUCAAUGGUAGAACUAGAAAACAUGGCAUCUAAAAUGCCUGGCUGCCAUCAAGGUGGUUUUGCUCUCUACAGGCUCAUGGUGGAUGGUUUGAAGAAUACAUGAUAGAUAUUCGUGACAUCAGUUCAACACAAGAAUCAGCCCACCAGCCUUCUUACAACUACCUUGCCUUUAAUUUAAAAUUUUGUUUUGUGUUUGAUACAAAUUAGAAAUAAUUACAUUUGCUAGAUUCUCCCUCUUACUGCACAGAGCAGAGAUAUGAUUAUGGAAGAUUAUUGUAAACCUUUACAUUCCUGUGACACUGCUAAUAUAUAAUAUGAACAUAUUUGAAAUGA